AAGCAGCCAUUGGCUCAAACGGGAUGAUUCCCGGAGGCUGCGGUCGGCAACUGUGCGGGCAUGGCCGUCUGGACAGCCGUACUGGGCCUCCUUAGCGUUGCUGGCUGGGGCCUGGGCAAGCUGUGCGGGGUCCUCGCUCACCGAGGGGGCUAUGCAACGGCUGCAGAGGUGGGCUGCGGGCUGGGCCUGCUGUGGAAGUUCCUGGGCACCCUCCUCUACCCGGUCCUGAAGUCGUACCUGUCUCGCAGCCCGUCGCUCGGCUUCAUCCACCUGGUGACGGUGCGGCGGACCGAGCUCGAGAGGUCUGCUCUUGACAAGAUAGAACGGCGCCCUCCGCUCCAGCUUGCCGCUCCGCGUGGCCCGGGUCCACACCACCUGGCUGCAGCUCGCGGUCGGCCCGCUGGCCGGGCUCCGGCUCCGCGCCGGGGGCCUGCGGGUGGAGCUGGAGUGGGCUCCCCGGGAGGCGUGGGAGGCCGCAGCGCAGGACAUCCGCGACGCAGAGCUGAACAGCUCCCGGGCCUUGGCGCAGGCGGGCAUCGGCGUCGUGGAGAAGAUCGCCUGGCCGGCAAGGGGCCGCUCCCAUCGGUUGUGGCGUGCAUCGUCGAGUCUUUCAUCCGCAGGGUCCGGGUUUCGGUGGACGACGUCGAGAUCGUCAUCCGCGGGCAGAAGGUCCCCGAGAUCAGGGUCGCCGCGUCCGUGGACCUUCGGACGACGCACUGCCGCGUCAUUGAGCGGAGGGGUGCGGCGGCGCGGGCGCGGCUGCGGCUGAGCGCGUCGGUGGGUGGCGGGGCCCUGCUGCCUGGGCUGGAGGUCGAGCUUCAGCGGCUGGAGCUGCCCCGCGUGCUGCAGACGCUGCUGGCGCCCAAGCCCCUUCCGGCGAAGAAGGUGAGCGCCGAGCUGCUCGUCAAGCGCAUCGAGCUGGAGGUUCGGCCCCACGUAGUCAGCGCGCUGAUGCAGGUCUCCCACAUAUUCUCGCAAUUCUCGGAGUGGAGGGAGGCGAUGGCGGAGGAGGUCCGUGGCACAGCUCUGCCCCUGAAGCCGGGCGAGAAGGAGGAGUACGAGAAGGCCCUCUCAGGCCGGCAGGACGUCUCCGGCUGGGAGCAGCGGAUGAGCGCCCAGGAGAUCUUGUGCAGCCACUGCGAGGCGAAGCGCUGGCCCGUGCCCGAGGACAUGGGCCUGCAGGAGUGGAUCGACAAACUCACGGACGAACAGCGGCCCGUGCGAGCAAUGGAGAUCUCCGCGGAGGUGCAGUCUCUGGUUCUGGAGCUUCUGGGCGACAGCGACCUCCCAGGACGGGGCGUCCUCGCCAGCGCGGUGUCGCUCUGCGCGCGCGUGGGCGUCCUGGACCCCCAGGUGCCUCAGGACGCCGCGGGCAGCGACAGCCGCAGCCCGAGCGCCGCCGGCAGCCCGAGCGCCGCCAGCAGUGAUGGCCGCAGCCCCAGCGCGGCCAGCGGCCAACUGGGUGCCUUCGACAGCGGGCUGCUGCGCGACAUCGGCCCGAAGAAGCUGGAGGCCAGGGCGUCCCUGGGCAGUCUGGAGGUCACCUGCGACCCCCCCGGCUCCCUCGCGGUUCCCGUCCUGGAGCCCUGCCUCGUCUCGGCGGAGUGCGCGCUGCACGCGUCCAGCAGCAGGGACACCCUGCUCCUCCGCACGGAGUGCCGGAGGGCACUCGCCACCGGCGAGGGGAGGGACGCAGCGGUCACCUUCAAUCUCUCGGGCCACGCCCUGUGGAGGGUGCAGCAGGUUCUUCAGGCCAUGGGAGCCGCAGCGGCGGCGCAGUCGAUGCCCUCGGAGGCCGUGGACCUGGAGAGCGAGCGCCUCGCCGCCCAGGCCCGGGCUUCAGCGAAGAGGCGUGCCGCGCACAUGGCGGAUGUGAAGCGAAUCUUCGACCAGCUCGACAGGGACAGGUCCGGCUCGCUGGAGAGUGAUGAGGUAGAUGAGCUCGUGGCGUCCCUGUACGGCAGCCUGAUGACACUCGAGGAGGUGAAGGUGGCAGGAGGCCAUCUGAUGCAGAUGGUCGACACGAGCGGCGAUGGCGCCGUCGAAGCUCAGGAGCUGCAGGAUUUCUUCCUGCAGCAGAACAGCAGCGAGAGUGUCGGCACAUACGGCCCGAUAUGUCCCAACCUAGGCGAUUUCGUGGUGCCCGUUCCAGAGAGCAUCAACCUGACGGACACGUUCCGCAGGUGCGUUUGCCCGAGCUUCGCAGAGGAUGCGCACGGCGAGCAUGCAGAAGUGCUUCAGCUGCGCUGGGUGCGCGCGCUGCAGAACUACAAGGUGGCCGAGGCGACGUGGAGCGAGACCAUCGCUCCAAGGAUGGAGCCCAGGUUCAGCGCCUGGAAGCUGCACGAACGGAUCCCGGCAAUCGACUUUUGGAACGACCCCACUUUUAGCUUGAAGAAGCUUGACGUGUCUGCUGAGCACGAGCAGAGGGACACGACACUUCUCUGCAACGUCGACAUGCCAGGAUUGUCAUUAAGGCUCGCCGAUUCGCAGCAUGCCAGCGCCAUGGCACGCAUUCGCAUCGACGUUCACCACCUCACCCUGAGCGGGGGCGUGCAGACCUCAGCGAACAUGGACACUCUGAAGUUCCAGGGCCUUUCAGGCAACUUCUCCAUGAGAGCGGGGUACUGGAACCAGCAGCACCGACUCGUGGAGCCUUUCGUCGAGCCGUGGAGUUUAAAGUUUGAGGCCGACGGCAACUGCGCAAGGGUCCUGGCCGAUCAUCACAUGGUGAUCAACGUGACGCCGCCACUGCUCCAGGCCCUCUGCGUAGCAGCCUCGUCGCUCGAGGCUGCAGAGGUGCCCUCUACAGCAGGCGCGGUGCCCGCAGAAGAGGACGUGAGGCCGGUGGUUGCCUACGUGCUCAACCGCACUUUUCUGGACGUGAAUGUGUCGGCGCACGGUCCACACGGCGCCGGCAAGACUGUACGCAUCGAGCGCGCUUGUUUUGACCAGCGGGUUGCCGUCGAGAUUGAGCGCGAGCGGGGCACGUCUAUCCACCGUCUGGAGUCUGGCGGGGAACAGAAAUUGUGGACGCUGACUUUGGAGGGAGCCGAUCCCCUCAACCCGUGGCAGCUCGACGGGGAGAUCACCUUCUCGGUCACGGGGAGGACAACUUUCCGGGACGUGUCACGCAAGCGACUAAUCGUAGUGGACGUCAGUGUAGAUGUCCGGAGUCGUGCCCCAAUCGUGACUUUGUCAGGCAUAUGCAGGUUGCAGAACACAACAGGCAGGACCCUUGUCAUGAGCGAUCCAGAGAAGGCGUUUGCGAUAAAGGUUAACCCUGGCGAGUCCCGGGAAGCAGGAGUGGGUGGUGGUUUCGAAGUCACGCUUUUCAAUUUCGAGAGCUCCGAAGUCAGCAUUCCAAUAGUAACGGCGGUCAUGCCAGCAGACGAGGAGGAGAUACAAGAGGAUACGAAGCAGUGGUGCGGGGAAGCGAGCGGGCUGCAGCGAGUAGACUGCAGCGUGGUUGGAGGGGGGUACAAGUUUCUCCUGCUUCAGCAGAGGAAGCUGGUAGGCGACAGUCCAGCGAAUGACAGAACUUUGCUCUGCGUGCCGAUGCUGCGCGUCCUCAACGGCCUGCCGUGCGAGAUCAAGAUCCUCCGCGGCGCCGCGCGCAGGGCACCCGAGGGUGAGCAGCGGCCUUGGCUCCGCCACUUCGCCGCCCGACGGGGGACGCCGGACGUGCCGGAGAGGAGCCAGAGCGCAGAGGUCUUGACGGUAGCCUCGGGUGAGACACGCGGGUGUGGCGACAUUGAUCCUUCGCAGCCAAUAUUCCUGCAUGUCGAUGCUCUGUCCUUCUCCUACACCGCCGUGAUCCCGAAGGACGCCAUCCACAGCCCCCACGCCGUGAGGCAGGCGAGCAGGGCCAGGAAGCAGUCCCGGGCUGCCCUGACCUCGGACGAGGCGGGCGCCCCCCGCCUCGAGAUCGAGCUGGGCUGGGAGGGCUUCGGCGCCAUGGUCACCGUCUACGCCAGGCACUGGGUCCUCAACAAGACUGGGUGGGCGAUGGAGGUGCACUCGGGCCCGGAGGUACCCAAGGUCGGCCGCCUGCCGGAGCAGAUCAACCUCGACCUCGGCCAGGAGAGCAUGGCGCCCGCUCCCCUGGCGGGCGCGCCCUGGUCCGCCGCCCUCGGCGCCGCGCCGCCGGCGGUGGCUUGCACUGGGCCCGACGCUGGCCCCGACGUCGCCUUCCUGCGGGCGCCCGACCACAAAUUCCGGCUUCGGCUGCGCGGCCGCCCGCGCGUGUCGAGGUGGGCCUGGGACUCGCACGCCGAGGGCGCGGAGCUGCGGCACUGGAUCCCUGGCGCCACAGCCCCGGCGCUGGCCCCGCCGGCGAGCAACGGCGAGGGCUUGCCCCCGGCCUGGGAGUCGGGCUGGUCGCAGCCGCUGGAGACCGAGAUCGCGGGCACCGCCGGCGAGGCGAGCCUCCCCGCGUGCGAGGCCGCCGGCGGCGCCGCGUUCCCGGGGGGCUCCCUGGGCGUCUCCAGCCGGGGAGCUGUCGCGGCGGGGCUGCGGGCGCUGGACAGGGCGCUGCUGUGGCCCAAGUGGCGCCUGCAGCUCGUCGACCUGUCGCUGCCAGACGUGUGGAUGGAGCGCAGGGUCAGGAGCUUGGUCGUGUCGUUGGUGCACGAGGGGGAUCAGGCUGAGAGCGACGUGCGCGUAGUGCGCGGGCGCAUGGCCGACGGCUGGGCGCUGCAGGGCGGCGCUUGGCUCUGCGGCACGCCGCUGGGCGGCGGCGGGCCGCCGGCGGGCCUGGCCGAGGGACGCACGGGCCUCCUGCGCGGGCCCUUCCGGAUCCAGGUCGAGGCCCUGGUGGAGGGCAACCUGGAGAUGACGGUGCCGUUCCGGGUCGUGAUAGGCCAGGGCGAGCUGCCCCUCGGCGACUUCAGCGACGCGAUGCUGCGCCCCCUGCGCCAGGAGGCCCAGCAGCUGCGCUUCUGCGUCCGGGCGCUGCCGUCGCCCAUCAUGGGCCCCGGCUUCUCGCAGCGGGAGGGCGAGCUGAUCGGCGAGGUCACCGCGUGCCUCGCGCCGUGCGUCGACCGUAAGGUCAUGCCCCCCAGGUUCCUGCCGGACGCCGAUGCCGCCCGGGGGCUGCCGAAGCUGGGCCCCGCCGCAGCCGCGGGGCCCGACCGCGGCGCGCGAGCCGCGGCCGGCCCCGACCCCGCGGAGCCCCUGGUGCGCAUGGCGUCCAUGGCGUCUGCGGCUGGCGCGGCCGCGCCGCCCGCCGUGGUGCGCGUGGCGUCUGGCCGGCCGCGCGGUGCGCCGCAGUGACGCGGUGCUCGUGCUGCUGUGACGUGGAGGGCGCGCCUCCUGCAGCACGAGGCACCGCGGUCCGCAGCGCUGCGCCUCUCAGAUCUGGGCGUCGUGUGGAACAAAUGCAUAAAGAUCAACCUCCUUUAUUGCGUGAUCCGAGCUGGUUUGCCCUGGUUUGACUUCGGGCGGCGGGCACACCUCGGCCCCUGACGGCGCGUGGGCCGCGGCGGAAGAGUUCUUGUCGCGCGUAGGCCUGCGCGGCAGUAACGCGGCGCGGUCCGCAGCAUCGAAGCGAAGCGAAGCGAAGAGAAGCGGGAGUAGAACGAGAGUAAGCUGCGCCGCG